AUGCAUGCGCCGCGGCCAACAGCACGUGCCUCUUAUCUCCUUCCUCCUGCCUCGAUGUCGAGCGCGUUCUUCUACGGUACGCUGAUGCACCCGCGGAUCCUGACACGCGUGAUCGGGUCCGCGGGCGCGCACCUCCGGAUCGCGCCCGCCGUCCUCCUCGGCUACACGCGACACAAGGUGCGGUACGCGGACUACCCCGGGAUCAUACCCAACACCGACGAUGACGACGAGACGUGUUCGGUGCGGGGCACGCUCGUCACGGGGCUCACCCCGCGCGAUGUGCAGUUUCUGGACACCUUCGAGGGCAGCGAAUACAAGCGCCAGAAGGUGGCCGUCCACGUGCUCGCCGCCGCCGUCGCUUUGUCAGACUACACCAUGCCCGCCGCCGCGCCGGCCCCGCUGCCCGCCCGGGCCGCGCUCCCGGCGCCCGGCGAGGCGGAGACGUAUGUGUACAUCGACCGUGGCGGGCUGCUCCCGGAUGUAUGGGACUUUGCCGAGUUUGUGGCGGAGAACGCGUGGAAGUGGUACGACAGCCACCCCGACGAGGACGACGGAAUCGCAGAGGUCGAGCGCCGCAGGGCAGCAGGGACAACGGCUGUCAUAUAA